CUUUGUUUAUGUUGUUCUGGGUUUUGAAAUUCAGGUGGGAUUUGAUAGGAAAACUAUAAAAUUUCCUGUUUUGUGCAGUGUAAAAAUUACAGCAUAGAAUAUCGUUGAUGCAAAAACUGGUUUGUAUUGUUCUAAUUAGAUCUUGAGCAUCAAGAUUCUAGUUUUGUGUUUUAGAUUUUACCUUUCAAAAUUGUAGAGCGAAAGCACAGUUUAUGACAGGUUUGGAUUUUGUGUUAAAGUUGUAAACUUCAAUUCUGUGAUCGUAUUGGAUCAUCCCCUUCUGUUCAGUAAUCGGCUUAUCUCGCUUUUCGUUUCUGCAAAGCACUUUUGCUUGGAGGUUUUCUUGACCAUAUCAGUCGGAAGAAUCAUAAUAUUUUGAGAGCCGUAGCUUGUGAUCGAAGAAUUAGUUGGGGCUCUUAUUCUUCAAGCAAUAUGUGAUUAGUGAUUACGCUUGACGUCGAUACGUCCUUAGGCUAUACUUUUGGUCUGAAGUUGAUCAAUGGCUUAUUCAGCUGAACCAUCAUCCUCUUUGAGCUUUACUUCCUCACCCCCUUUGUCAAAUGGUUCGAUAAGCCACAACGUAUCGUGUUCGGGCUCCGAAUCGGUGCCAAAUCUUGAAGUAAUCAGUUUGUCCAAGCUUAGUUCCAGUUUGGAGCUGUUGUUGGUUGAUCCUGGAUGCGAUUUUAGUGAUGCUGAUAUCGUCGUUGAGGGAAUUCCUGUUGGUGUUCACCGAUGUAUAUUGGCUUCGAGGAGUAGGUUUUUUCGCGAGCUAUUCAAGCGAGAAAAGGGGUCUUCUGGGAAGGAAGGCAGGCCAAGGUACUCUAUGAGCGAUUUGCUGCCUUACGGGGAUGUUGGAUACGAAGCCUUCUUGGUUUUCUUAAGCUAUGUGUAUACCGGAAAGCUUAAGCCUUCUCCGAUGGAGGUGUCAACGUGCGUUCACAAUGGAUGUGCCCAUGACGCGUGUAGACCUGCUAUUAAUUUCGUUGUGGAAUUGAUGUACGCCGCUUCCGUUUUCCAAAUGCCCGAUCUGGUUUCGAUAUUCGAGCGGCGCCUUCUUAAUUUUGUUGGGAAAGCUCUGCCGGACAAUGUUAUCCCGAUUCUCGUGGUUGCUUUCCAUUGUCAGUUGAAUCAGCUCAUCGCUGAGGGUAUAGAGAGAGUGGCACGAUCAGAUAUUGAUGAUAUCUCUAUUGAGAAGGGACUUCCUGAUGAGGUUGUGAAGAAAAUCAAAGUUCUUCGCUGCAAAACUCAGCAGGAUUGUGUCUCAAACUUGCCACCUGUGGAUCCCUUGCGUGAAAAGAGAAUCCGGAGAAUACAUAAGGCUUUGGACUCGGAUGAUGUUGAACUUGUGAAACUUCUUUUAACGGAGUCUAAUAUAACCCUCGACGAAGCAAAUGCUCUUCAUUAUGCUGCAGCUUACUGCGAUCCUAAGGUUGUGACCGAAGUGCUUGAUCUGGGUCUCGCUGAUGUUAACCUCCGGAAUUCUCGUGGUUAUACAGUGCUUCACAUUGCUGUCAUGCGCAAAGAGCCAUCAAUUAUCGUAUUGCUUCUCACUAAAGGGGCUCGUGCGUCGGAGCUAACAUCAGAUGGUCAGAAUGCUGUUAGUAUUUGCCGGAGGUUGACAAGACCAAAGGAUUACCAUUCAAAAACAGAGCAGGGGCAAGAAGCAAACAAAGACCGAAUAUGCAUUGAUGUUCUAGAGAGGGAAAUGCGGCGGAAUCCGAUGGCUGGAGAUACAUCUAUAUCUUCCCAAAUAAUGCCUGAUGAUCUGCACAUGGAGUUGCUGAACCUGGAGAACAGAGUGGCAAUUGCCCGAUUGUUAUUUCCUGCGGAGGCCAAGCUAGCCAUGGUCAUUGCCCAUACAGAGACAACGCCCGAGUUUCCUAAGCCAUCGUCGUCGAAAGGCUCAAGUGGGAAUCUGAUGGAGGUUGAUUUAAAUGAGACCCCCACAGUGCAGAACAAAAGACUCCACUCUAGGUUGGAAGCCCUUAUGAAAACCGUCCGUUUGGGUAGAUGCUAUUUCCCUCAUUGCUCGGAAGUCCUGGAUAAGUUCAUCGAGGACGACCUUCCUGAAUUGUUUUUCCUCGAGUCCGGCUCCUCUGAUGAGCAGAGGGUAAAGAGGAGGCGUUUCAUGGAGCUAAAGGAGGAAGUACAAAAGGCAUUUACCAAAGACAAGGCUGAGUUGAGCCUCUCCGGGUUGUCUUCAUCAUCCUCCUCGUCAUCUCCGAGAAAAUUUGGCGCAAAUCAGAAGGUUAGGAAAUAGUGAAGGCGUGUAAAUUUGUACCUAAUAAGCCUUCGAAAUACGAACGAUUUUUUUCGAGGUUACUGACGAGAGCGUAGGGAAGUGUUGGCCAUCGGAUCGGUAAAAUCUGGGCAGCUUUGAAUUGCUCUGUUAACUUCACAAACUAGCAAGUAUCUUAGUUUUGUACUUCUGUAGAGGAUGGUUUUGAUCAAUUACAUUUACUUUUUUAUCUUU